CGGGCGGCAGAAGAUGGCGAGGGUGUGUAGGCGGCAGCAAUGCUCCGUUGAGAGACGCGGCUUUCGGCAAGAACUGGACUCGUGGCGCCACAAGCUCAUCCACUGUGUAGGUCCCGUUUCUCUCUGUGCGGCGGCCGACGGGACCAUAAGGGCUUAACUCAUACAUUUAACCCCCCUCCAAAAAGGUUUGAAAGUAUUCUUGAAGGGCUGUUUGGACCUGCGUUAUUAAAAGAUCUCAGUUUAUUUAAAGAGUGUGAAGCUGAAAGCAUUUCUGAUUGGGCUUUUGAUGAAAAUUGUCUGUUCUGUUGCUUGAGAAGAGAUAAAGUAAAGGGACACUUAGUCGGUCUGGAUGAGCCAGCUUCCGGAGCUGGGCAAGAAGCUUUGCUUAAACAAGAGCACGCAAAAGUCACUCGACUCCAGAGACAAGCAGAAGAGUUCCUCAAUGCAGUCUUUUAUAGAAAAGACAGUCCCUGGGUCUCCGGCCCCAAUACUCCCCUAGUGGCCCGUGAGAUCAUGCAGCGAAUGAUCCAACAAUUUGCUGCUGAAUAUACCUCAAAAAAUAGCUCUACUCAGGACCCCAGCCAGCCCAAUAGCACAAAGAACCAAAGCCUGCCGAAAGCAUCUCCAGUCACCACCUCUCCCACGGCUGCAACUACUCAGAACCCCGUGCUCAGCAAACUUCUCAUGGCUGACCAAGACUCACCUCUGGACCUUACUGUCAGAAAGUCUCAGUCAGAACCUAGCGAACAAGACGGUGUACUUGAUUUAUCUACUAAGAAAAGUCCAUGUGCUAGCAGCACUUCCCUGAGCCAUCCUUCAGGCUGCUCCAGUACUCAAGGGAACGGUAAGAAUUCAACAGAAGCAUCAGCAGUAGAUUCUAACCAUCCAUCGAAGCCCCCACUGGAGAAGUUUAUGGUCAAACUGUGCACGCAUCAUCAGAAGCAAUUCAUUCGUGUCCUGAGUGACCUAUACACUGAAUCUCAGCCAGGUACUGAGGACCUGCAGCCUUUAGAUUCCACAGUGAUGGAUGUCUCCACUUGCAAUGCAGAUUGUGCCCAGCUGAGCUGCAGACAAGAUGAAAAAGAUGAUGUGUGUCUCGAUGGGAAGUCUCCUGCUUCUGUAAAUUUGUUCUUAGACUCCUCAGGUUCUCCUAGCUCUCUGAGUGUGACUGAACAAACCAUGGAGGAACCACCUCCUGAGACAGACUCUGUAGAUGGAAGAGAGAAUGCCUUGACCAUUGUCCAGAAAGAUUCCUCUGAACUUCCAGACAUUCAACCUAACUCCAGAAGAUCAGCAGACAGUCCCGCUGUGGGAUGCCUCACUACAUUGGAUUCUUCCUCUUUUAACUCCCUCCACAGUUCCAAAAGCUUAGAGGGGCAAACCACUGGACAGGAACAAGACAUCAGCGUGAAACCCUGUGAGGAUGGUGAAGACCAUACCCCAGCCUCAGUCGAAAGUCUGACUGCAGUGGACGUGGCAACUGAGAAUACUGAAGAGGGUGGUAGCUGUAUGGUUUCUCCAAGAAACUCAUUCAGAGCUUUAUCAGAAGACAAAUGGGACUCAGGGUUUAUGGGAAACUCAUCUAGUACUGCAGACAAAGAGAACACUUUACAGUGUAGCUCAAAAACAUCCUCACACCAGGAUUUAGAGGCAGAUGAACAAGAUGCAAGGCCAAAGCAAGAGAACCAUCUUCAUUCACUAGGUAGAAACAAGGUGGGUUACCAGACAUAUCCCAGCGACCAGGGCCAUUUUGAUCAUUCCAAAGGUGAUUGGUUAGCUCCCAGCCCCACACCAGCUGUACACAGAGCAUCCAAUGGUCACUCUCGAACCAAGAUGAUAACAGCCUCCAUCAAGACUGCUCGGAAGAGUAAGAGGGCAUCAGGCUUGAGGAUAAAUGAUUAUGACAACCAGUGUGAUGUUGUUUAUAUCAGUCAACCAAUAACAGAAUGCCACUUUGAAAAUCAGAGAUCCAUAUUGUCUUCUCGGAAAACAGCCCGAAAGAGUACCCGGGGAUACUUUUUUAAUGGUGAUUGUUGUGAAUUGCCAACUGUUCGCACACUGGCCAGAAAUUUACGCUCCCAAGAAAAGGGAAGCUGCUCACCGAUAGCACCAGAGGUAGUGGUGACUCCCAAGCAGACUCUUACACUUCCCACCUCAAAGCACAUAGUAGGUGUGCAGCAUCCAACAGUAGAUGUGCAGCUUCCCAUAGUAGAUGUGCAGCUUCCCAUAGUAGAUGUGCAGCUUCCCACAGUAGGUAUGCAGCAUCCAACUGCAGAUGUACAGCUUCCCACAGUAGGUGUGCAGCAUCCAACUGCAGAUGUACAGCUUCCAACUGCAGAUGUACAGCUUCCCACAGUAGGUGUGCAACUUCUGGAAGAAGAUACCCCUGACGAUCCUGGGAAGGAAAGAACCUCCCUUGAGGAAGGAGGCAAAGACAUGUCACCAGCAAAAGAGUAUCAGGAGCCAGAGGUUUGCCUUACUGUGAAUGAACAGGAUCCUAGCAGCUCCCCUACUCCAGGAGAGACCACAGCCUGUAGCCCAGCAUGUCUUCUGCCUGCACCCCUCCCUGAUGAGGAUAUGCCUAAUGUUCCAGAAGGCAGCAUUGCAGUCUCACCUCCAACAGCAAGUGUACUAUCUUUCCUUGAGCGAGACCAGCCACCAGCUUCUCUUCUGGAGUCAGAGGAAAUGCAUACACUCCAGGAGUGUCACCUGACUCCCACAACCGGAAGCACCCCCUUCAUCUCUGGGGAAGACGGUGAAGACCAGCUAUGUAGACCUCAGUCUUCUCCUGAAACAGUCAUCAGAGAAGAGCAUUCUCUGUGCUCAGAAAAUGAAAGUCCUGUUGUGGGUUUCGAUCCUCCCCUGAGUCUAGAACUGUCUGAGCAUGAUCAAACCAUCAGUACUGAGGCUGAGACUGGAGAUAUCCCUGGGGAGACUCUGUUGCUAGAAGCCACCGUGCCCCUACUGGAAAGCAGCAUUGUCAGUGAUGAGAACCCGGGUGAGACCGAGGGAGGUGAGGCAGCCAGUGGAACCGGACAGCUGGAGAUGCAUGACAGUGAUAGAAAACACUCAUCAGAGCAGGAUCUGAGUGAGGCAAACUUGGACUCGCCCGAAGAGAGUGUGGACAAGAAGAAAAAGGGUAAAAAGCUCCCCGAGGCCUCUGAUAGAUGCCUAAGAAGUCAACUUGCAGAUUCAUCCUCUGCUGACAGGUGCCCAGGAAGCGAAGGUUUAGAUUCAUCCACUGCUUGUUCUGAAAUGAAGGUUUCUAAAAAUCCUACCAUAAAGCGUUCUAAAAGAGAAGGGCACUCUGGUAGGGUAACCCCCGAGGGCUCAGUGAUUGACAGCAUCCAUACAGAUGAUCUGGAGGACCCCAAAAACCCCAGUGUCGGUGAACAUUCCUCUGAUGAAGAUGUCAGGCAGGAGGGUGAAGGAGUUGGAGUCAUCACAAGGCAGACUUUUAAAAGCAUGCUGGCAAAGGAAGUUAAAAGAGAAGAAGGGGAGACUUCCCCAAGCAGUGACCCCAACACAGUUGGCCAGCCACUGCCUGGGGAGAACCUGGAAAUUAACGUCUGGUCCCAAAUAGAUGAGAGAGAUGCACAUGUGCCCUCAGAAAGCAUUCCUUGUAAGAGGGACCUGGAGCAGGUAAAAGAGAAGCCGGGACACAUUGCCACACAGGAUGUGGAAGCCUCUGUGAGUGAGGUAGAUGUUGAGGAUACCCACUCUAAAGAUGAUGCUGGCCUGCCUUCAUCUAGCUUAGCUGGGAUAUCAGCCAGUCAGAAUGGUGAUCCUGCUGGGCCACCAAAAUUGGUAACAAGGCCUAAGAGAUUGUCUUCUUCAACUUACAACCUGAGACACGCUCAUUGUGUGGAUGCCUUGGCCACUACAAAAGUGACUUCUGAAAAGCAAGUCACACAAGUCAGCCCAGCACCAAAGGAAAAUGAAGCUUCUGAGAGUGUGGAGCCCUUGGAUGAGGACGAUGCAGACACAGUGGUAGAAGAGCAGCCCAAGUUCGUGGGAUGGUGUGCAGAGGAGGAGAACCAGGAGCUGAUCGCCAACUUCAACGCCCAGUACCUGAAAGUUCAGAAGGGCUGGAUCCAGUUGGAGAAAGAAGCGCAGCCAACAGCAAGAGCAAAGAGCAAGUCCGACAAGCUGAAGGAGAUUUGGAAGAGCAAGAAGAGGUCACGGAAGUGCAGGGGUUCAUUGGAGGGGCAGAAGUUUUCUCCUGUUCAGAUGCUGUUUAUGACAAACUUUAAACUGUCUAACAUCUGUAAGUGGUUCUUAGAGACAACAGAAACUCGGUCUCUGGUCAUUGUGAAGAAACUAAAUACGCGUCUUCCAGGAGACAUCCCACUUGUUAAACACCCUCUUCAGAAGUACCCUCCUUCUACCCUGUAUCCCAGUUCACUACAGGCCGAACGCUUGAAAAAACACUUAAAGAAAUUUCCUGGAGCCAUUCCUGCUAGGAAUAAUUGGAAAACACAGAAGCUGUGGGCUAAACUGCGAGAGAAUGCUGGCCAGGUGGAGCCAGAGGCUGGCAGUGACACCAGCCUCGGCCCUCACAGUGAAGACACUGUAGAGGAGGUCAGGGAAGGCAGAAAUAGCCAUCCUCCCGCCAACUUGCCUACUCCAGCCAGCACCCGGAUCCUUAGAAAGUAUUCCAAUAUUCGAGGAAAGCUCCGAGCCCAGCGCCUGGACAGCUCACUGGGUGGGCCUUCUGAAGUUAAGCAGGGCCGAAAGAGCGUGUGCAUCAACCCGCUGAUGUCCCCCAAGCUGGCCCUCCGGGUGGGUGCAGAUGGCUUUCCUGUCACCCCCAAGAGGGCUGAAGGACGCAAGAGGAAAAGAGGGAAGCAGAUGCCUGAAACCUUGCUUAAAGUGGAAGGUCAGAACAAGCGCAAAAGAGCAGAAGGCUCCGGAACUCAGGAUGAUAAGGACAAGGGGCCAGCAACAAAAGCCAGCAGAGGCCUUUCUGCCAAGAAGCUAGCUGCAAAGGACAGAGUCAGCCAACUAUCCAAGAAGAUGACCUUGAAAGAGAAUAAAGUGAGAAUCUGUAAAAAGGCUCCCGGGAAGAGCUGCCCACCAUCCAGGAAAGAAAAAGAGAAUGCAGACAAAAGGCCUAGCCAUCCUGCUGCAGCCUCUGAAGCGCUGACAAAGCCUGCCAAGCAAAGGGGUUCAGGAGAUGCCUCUGCAAAGCCCCCCAAAGCCAGAGGGAGAAGCAGGAAGCUGAGCAAUGGUAGGGGCCGAGCUAGACCCUUGACAAAAAGCCCAGAGACCCAGGCUGCCCAGAGAAAGAGAAAGCUCAAGGCCAAACUGGACUCUUCACAGGGCAAACGUCGACGCUUAGAUUCCAAGUGAGAGCUGGAUGGUCCCGAGAGAGGCUGGCCUCUACAAGAAACCUUUAUCUCGCAUUAACAAAAUCUGCUUUUAUAAGCUUGUUAAGCCUUUCACGUUGCAGUUACAGAGAACACCAGUUUGAGAUGUCAGAAAAUGCGUCUCAGCUAGAGACGGGAACUUGAAGAGAGUCCUUCUCCAUGGCUAAGGGAAGUUGUACAUUAUAUUCUGGUUGUUCCUUGGGUUUUAAACUUGGAAACAAGCAGUUUUUGUUUUAAGAAGUACAGUGCCUUAUUUAUCAUUUUUGUUUAAAAUUUGACAAAAGCUGAGAAGCUGAUGUAUGUGACUAAAGGCUUGUAUUUUAUACUUGACGCACAAGCACUUGCUCUGUCACUGAGGAGGCCACCGCUGCGCAUGCGUGAGCGAGUGAGGAGCCGGCAGCAGCUGCCUGUGCGCCCCUGGACAGGUGCACCUUGCAGACCGCAGCACAACUCCCCUUUCUGUCUUGUUUGGUUUUUAUUUGAGUGAUAUUUGAAAGCUGAACCAAAUCAUUUCUAUGCUAUGUGGAGAAUGCAGGGGAUUUAUAAUUAUUAUAAAAGAUUAAUGUUUCUGUUUCCUUCUAAAACUCAUAUUGUUUAUCACCCCUUCAUCUUUUUUUUAAAAUCAUUUCAGAUCAUGUUCUCUAAUUUGUGUGCCCAUGGGACAAAAGAUGUGCUAGAAACACCCCCCACCCCCAAACUAUGGUACUACUAACACUUGUCAUCCUCCAGUUUGGGACCUUGCGAGCAUGGUAGUACUACUCUGUGAGGUGUGUGUUCUAUUUUGUUGCAGCUUUUUGUGUAUGUUUUCAUCUUGUAGCUAUCAUUUGACCAUUAGGAUGAGUGAUUCUUUGUUUUCAUUCUUACUUCCCUAUGCAGUGAAAGUCACAUGUCUUUCCAGCAGUAGGAAAGCUUAGCCUUGUGCAUAUGCAUCUAGGUGUAUCCGCAUUUAGUUGCUGUCCACCAGUGUCUCCUGGUACUAGUUUCACAGGGAAAUUCUUUCUUCCCCAUGCAGUGUAUCAGUAAGCUGAGAAAUUAGCAAUGGCCAGCUUGUUUGCAAGUAAUCCAGUGUCUCCAUGCACAUCCCUAAUACCACUUUCACGUCUGACUUGGAGAGCAGUGGCCUUGAAAGACUAGGACACCCAGGCAGCUGCAAGAAGCUGCCCAGAAUCUCAGUGGAGCCACACCCCCAUCCCCAGCUGAGUGAAGCUCAGCUGAGACUCUCUGAUGUGACUGUUUGUGCCUGGAGUAGGCGUCUGUCUGGAGUAGGCGUCAGUCUGGAGUAGGUGUCUGUCUGGAGUAGGCGUCUAUACCCAUUGAUAGUUCCAGCCUCGUGGCUAAAUGCUUGCAGUAUUGCCCCUCCCACACCGCUUCACUGUCCCGUGGCUCGGAAAUGAGAGCUGCAAUAAUUGAAAGUGGUGAUGCUUGCCUUUCCUGGGUGGAGCCUAACACAGCCCCAUUGGCUUCACUCAGUGCCUGGGACAUUGCUCCAUUGUACCGUGUGUACUUGACAUUUCCAUUGGGCCAGUCAGCAAACCACUUGGUUGCUAAAGCCUCCGUCGGCUUUGAUGUGUCCUGUCACCAAAAUAGGCUUGCGUGGACAGCUGCUGCCCUGUUCUUAUUAAAAGUUUCUACUUAGGUUGUUUCAGAUCUUUUUAGAUCAACCCAGAUGGACUUCUUUUAUAUGCAAAUCAUGAUAAAACAGGCCUUCUACCUAUUUUGCUAUUGUUAAAGGUUUGCUGCAGAUAGUGGAAACUUCUGAUAAUUGGGUAGGACUGGAGCAUUUGAUUCAUGAGAAAUUGAGAAUUGUGUUGAAUUUCACGGAUAAUGAAAGUUGUCGUUUCCUUGUUUUUAAAUGUCCCCUCUAUCCCAUGAGCAUUCAUGGGCUUUCCCCCUCACUGCCUCCUCCCCCACCCCUUACUUUCCCCACUCCCCAAUUAUUCUUUUUAUUAUCUUUGACCUUGACCAUUCACAAGCUACCUAUCGUAAUGAGACUGCUGAGUGUGUGCUCGAAACUCUUUCUCAGCAUUAAGUUGCACAGAAGCAUUAAUAUGUUUUAAGUAGGUUCGUUUUAAUAUUUUAAAAAUGCUUUUAAGGCUUAAAAGAGCUUUUCCUAUAGUUGUCACUGGAUAUUGUUGUUGUAGUGACUUAAACAGCCAAGGCUUACUAAUGUGAGGUGUGUCAAUGCCUGUACAUAGGAGGCGCCCUUGGCUGCCUGGUGACUCCCUUGUAAGGUGCUUGGGUUAGGUUAGAGGGAGGAAUGAGUGGUAAGUUGGUGGGACGCUUCCUGUUCCAGGUUUAUACUUCAUUCCAUUACUUUUCUGAUUGUGUUUUCAAUUUUAAAAGCUUCUUCAAGAUAGUAGCCUGCAUUUGAGGGAGCUGUGUGGAAGUGUUUGUUAUAUACCCAACACAACAGUGCAGUAGACAUCCUUAACAGCUUGCACUUGAUAGUAGUGACUACAUUUAUAUAAAUGGACAUUCUACAAAAUUUGGACAUUUAAGUUUUUUUAAUUGUUUCAUAUUUAUUGAACUCAUUUUUGAUGAUCUGGUUAAUUUUGUUAAUAGAAGAAGGGAAAAGAAUCAGAAUUUGACAGCAGUUCUAGAAGACUUUUCUGCACCCAUAGCAGAUGCUGGGAAAUCAUCCCUUCAGCAUCUCCAGGCUUGGCCUUGACUCCAUUCCCUUUGUUUCCCUUCCUUCGGUAGCCAUUUUCAAAUACGGCUUGCCACCAUAUACAGUGCACUCUGCCUCGCAGUUUGAUCCUGAGUCUGAAAGGCAUUCUGCUCCUGCCCUGUUCUCAGUGAAGUGGCUGUCCUAAGGCUGGAGCUGAAGUUGAUGCCAGAGGACUGGUGUUCCCUCUGUUCAGGAUCUGGAAGAUGCCCAAGAAGCUAUCUGAGAAGCUCUGUGUAGCUUGCCUAGAGCACAGCCCGCUUUGGGGACCUAUUUUCUGUCCUGUUAGACUCCCUGGUAUGGGCCUGCUGUCUCACUGGGGUUCAGAGUCUCGCCCAGGCACUUUCUCUGUUCUGGGAGCUUCCAGCAUAGGAAUGUUACCUGAGUCUAUUGACCCAUAGUUGCUAGUUCCUGGGAUUCACUGGGUUUUGCUGUUUUUAUUUUUGUUAUUGUUGUUUGGUAGUGGUGGGUUUCUUUAUUGAAAAUUUUACCCUGUCUUAUUUAAACCACAGUCAAGCUGUGGGGUGUGUGCCUCAUCAUUCUGUAAUGGUUUAGAGAGAAGAGUCAUCCGUUUCCCACACGACCCUCUGCACAUCACUCAGCCACAGGUGAAUUUCUCACUGUGCACAUAAGUCAUCAGCAAGCAUCACUUCA